GGCAGCGUGGCGGGCGGGGCUGCGGCGGACGGCCGUGAGUGUGCGCUUUUGAGCGGUGGCGAGAGCUCCGCGCCCCGCCGGCAUGAGCUACGACCGCGCCAUCACCGUCUUCUCGCCCGACGGCCACCUCUUCCAAGUGGAGUACGCGCAGGAGGCCGUCAAGAAGGGCUCCACUGCGCCAUAAACAAGGAGCUGUUGACUUUUCAGUGGGUAGUUCCUCUGUUGCAAACCAGGCCUUUGCCCACCUGUGCAUACUGGUGUGCUAAUACAGGAGAGGACCUCAGUAGAAUUACACAGGUUGGUGUUCGAGGAAGGGACAUUGUUGUUCUUGGUGUGGAAAAGAAAUCAGUGGCCAAACUACAAGAUGAAAGAACAGUGCGCAAGAUCUGUGCUUUGGAUGACAACGUCUGCAUGGCCUUUGCGGGCCUCACUGCAGAUGCAAGGAUAGUUAUCAAUAGGGCCCGGGUAGAGUGCCAGAGCCACCGGCUAACUGUGGAGGACCCUGUCACCGUGGAGUAUAUCACCCGCUACAUCGCCAGUCUGAAGCAGCGUUAUACACAGAGCAAUGGGCGCAGGCCGUUUGGCAUCUCUGCCCUCAUUGUGGGUUUUGACUUUGAUGGCACUCCCAGACUCUAUCAGACCGACCCAUCGGGCACAUACCAUGCCUGGAAGGCCAAUGCCAUAGGCCGGGGUGCCAAGUCAGUGCGUGAGUUCCUGGAGAAGAACUAUACUGAAGAAGCCAUUGAGACAGAUGACCUGACCAUCAAGCUGGUGAUCAAGGCCCUCCUGGAAGUGGUCCAGUCAGGUGGCAAAAACAUUGAACUUGCUGUCAUGAGGCGAGAUCAGCCCCUCAAGAUCCUAAAUCCUGAAGAAAUUGAGAAAUAUGUUGCUGAGAUUGAAAAAGAAAAAGAAGAAAAUGAAAAGAAGAAACAAAAGAAAGCAUCGUGAUGAAGAAAUCUCCCUUGCUUAGAACAGCUUUUAAACUUGAAUCACAGAUGAGUCUGUGUGGGGGCUUUUCCAUCCAUCCACCUGUCUGGGAUGUCAGAGUACCCAAUAAACUUCCAUAUUUUUUAGCCUU